AUGGAGUUAGACCCAAGCAAUAGGUAUGGGCCUCUUAUGCCCAUCCAUUCAUCUCUCAACCUAACACCUAUGUCACCCCUUCGAUCCACCAAUGUACCAGAAUAUCUUUUACAGACUCCUCCACAAAGUCCAUCAUCCACUCCAAGUCCGGCAUUUUCCCCGGCAUCAUACCCACAAAAACAAACCUCAACCUCUGCCAAAUCCAUUUAUAUAGAUACUGCUUUUUUACCAGAGGUAAUCAUUUCUGAUGAUCAUGCUCAACUCGACCCAUAUAAAACAGCUCCCCUCUACCUUUCAAAUCACAUGAAUUCAUCUUAUGGCAUUAAAACCCGUGAAUGGUAUGAAGCCAUUCUCAUGGAAACUGGUUCCGUAUCCAUUGUUCACUUCUACCAAGGUUCUGGAACGCAUCAGGCAAUAUUUGGGUUUGAGAUCCCCAUAUUAGAAACCAGUGGCGAAACCAACUGGAGAAUCUUUCUAAGACAGGAAGGGAAAAUGCCGGACUUGGAGUGGAUGAUGGACUUUGUGGAGGAGUCUGUAGAAGAUAUUCUGUUCUUCAGUCAUUGUCUGUGUGCCAUUGUUCACUUUUCCAUAUUAUUUCAUUGUUUCAUUUUGGUUUUUCAUGCUUGUGUGCUGUUUUAUGUGCUUCAGUUUGGCCCUACGCAAUACCGGUCAAGGACAAUCAUAGAGAAUGUGACACCUGAGCUGAUUCGAGAUUUCUUUUGGGAUGACGAAUUUCGAACAGAGUGGGAUGACAUGCUUUUUUACUUCAAGAUUUUACAAGAAUGCCCUCAGACAGGAACCAUGACCAUCCAUUGGAUUAGAAAGUUUCCUUUUUUCUGUAGUGACCGAGAAUACAUUAUAAACCGUCGAAUCUGGGAAUAUGGAAGGACAUACUAUUGUCUAACAAAGAGCACGCCGUAUCGUUCAUUACCAAGACUUAGAAAGCCGAGGCGGGUUGACCUCUACUACUCGAGCUGGCGAAUAAGGGCAGUGAAAUCAAGAAAAGGUGAUGGACAAUUGACAGCUUCUGAGGUUCUGCUCUUCCAUUAUGAAGACAUGGGGAUCCCCAAAGAGCUCGCCAAGAUCGGGAUCGGAAGGGCAAUGUGGGGUCUUGUCAGGAAAAUGGAAGCUGGGGUUCAAGCGUACCGGGUGGCACAAGCCACUGGAGCUUCUCCAUCGAGAUAUGCUCUAAUGGCUCGAAUUAAUACGAAGAUUUCGGCAGAUGGGCUCUCCACUAAUUUGAAGGACGCACUUGAUGAAAUUGGGAGAGAUGGAGAGGUUCGAGAGUACGAGAGACCUAAAGAAAGAAAGAAUGUGGUGAAAUGGUUGAUUGUGGGUGGAGUGAUAGUGGUUGUUUGUGGGCUUGAUAGAGGUUUGAUUAGUAAAGGGCUAUUAUUUGGGUUCAUGAGAGGGUUUAAUAAACUAGGCAAGAGAAAAGAAGAGAGAUUCGGAUAAAAUUUGGAAUUAAUAUAUGUAUAACAUGAAUUUUACCUGCUCUGAGUUUUGAUCAUAGGAGCAAGACCCCUUGCAUUCAGGGUGGCCAUAUUUGUAGUUGAUCCUUUGUAGAGAGGAAAUCUCUAUUUAGAAAAUACACGAGUAAUAAUGUGAGAAAAUAUUGGAGACGUUUGUUAUUGAUUUAUUAAUUUUCAAUCUACUGGGUUUAAAA